AUGUUUAACUCAUUAUCUCUUAGAUUUGACUUGGAUGACCUUUUGGGUGCGCUUGGUUACCUUGUGCUAGAAAUACUUGCUAUUUCUACAAUGAUAAACUUUGUUUGUCUGGUUUUCCUCGCUUCUACUUGUGGUUGUUUUUGCGGGCCUUUAUCAGGUUGCACGUUUUUCGGAGAGAUGUUUGUUAUUGUUCAUAAAGAUUUUCUUAGAAAUGGUGGGGUGGUACUUGGUGACGUCGUUGCAUUUGGGGUGAACAUUGGAAUUAGAUUGAUUAGGCUAAAAGGUGAGUCACAUUUUCGACGUGAAACUAUUUGCUUGUCUUGCAUGGUGAUUUCGAAUUACAUCAAUGAUGCUACGCAGCUUCCCGGACUAGCGAUUCAUGCACUAGAGAUUCUAUUUGGUGGUGCUACAUAG